UCCUUUUUGUACUGUUUUCUUCUAAAUACUGAAAAAAUUAUUCGGUGGAAAUUUUGUCGCAGACAUGCAAAAUAUUUUUCAAUGAAAAAACGGUUUAGAAACAUCGGUUCUUCGCUAAAAUUGAUCAAAUUAACGAUAGACGAGACAACACCACUACCAUUGCAUUACGACGUUCCGAUUGAAAAUUGAUCUCAUUGAGCUUGAAUUGAAUUACGACGAAACGAAUUGGCACGACAAACACGCGAUUUGAUUAAAAAUUCAUUUGAAUAAUAAAAACGAAACAAACAAACAAACAACUGGAAAUUAAAAUGCUAGUACAAUAUGUAUUCUGGUGAUGUAGUAGGAGGUCAUCAUCGCCAUCAUCAUACUGCAUCCAGAUCGAAAACGAACCGAAACGUAACGCGCUAUAGAGACGUUUAGGACGGUAACAUUUACAAGAUGUCAACAAAUUCAAAUAACUCUGACUUGUAUUUGAGACCUUUGCCAUUUCUUGACCAGAAAUGGGUAAGAGCGGAUCUCAUAUCAAGUUUACGAAGCCCCGAAGAUGCUGCAGUACUGUGGAAUAAUCUAAUCCAAGAUUGUGAAUUGGUAUCAUCACCGGCAGCUCCAGUUCUAAACGCUGCCGGUAAUUGGUCAUAUUUGGGCGAUGAUGGCAAACAUUAUUGUGGUGUACAAAAAUUACAAUGUUCCUGUUGUCCGGCAAAUGACUAUUGUGGCCCUUUGUCGGCUUGUAAUUGCAGUGCUUGCCACAGUCUGGAUUCAGAUGCUACAAUUAAGAAAAUCACCACCCAAGCCCAGGCGGCCGCCGUUGCGGCCCAACGUAUUGCAAGUGAUGCCAUUUUCGAGUCCUGGCUGUGGGGUCAGACACCAAAUGCCAUGGCUAAAACAGAAUGUCAAAAAACCUUAAUCAAUGAAUUACAUGAUAUUGCCCUGCAAGCGGCUGGCAAUUGUCUCUCGGCCAUACAUUUGCGACAGCAGUUGUUUAUCUAUGAACGAUAUUUUGUGGCAUUGGCACGCUGUAAACAACAAUUGCAACAGCAAAAGGCAAUGCAACAACAACACAGCCUACAACAAAUGCAGUCCACAGAAAUACCCACAUCUCUAAAUCCUACAAAUCCAUUUUUAAAUGUGGGCGAUAAGACCAGACUCUCGGAAGAGAGUAAUUUUUCUUCACGUGAUCGUUUUGGUAAAUAUCGCCAGACCUCGUCACAAGAACUCCGAUCGCCGGGACGUGAUAGUGAACGAGCUACAUUGGGUUUGGCACGCGUCUGUACACGGGCAGCAUUGAAUUUUUCAUUCUUUUUCCUGCGUCGUGCCUGGCGUUCCGGUGAAGAUACUGAGAUGUGCAGUGAGUUGCUGUGUGAAGCCUUAGAAUCGUUACAAGAUUUACCCGAAGCUUUGCUAUUCGAUACCACGCAGGUUUCGCCACUAUGGAUUGAGGUAUUGGAACGUUCGAUUAAAUUCCUACGACAAGUCGCCCUGGGUGAUCCUCUAGGCGGUCGUUGUUUGGCACCCAAAGAAGAUCGACAUACUGCCCUUUGUUUGCUAUUAGAAUUGGGAGCACAAAAAGGAAGUUUAGCCGCAUCACUGGAAGCUGUGGUACUCUUAUUCACCCUCUGGGAAAAAGAUAAAUCAACCGAUGAUAAUCGUGAUGUACCACAAAACUCGGGUGCACCAUUGGUGCCAAUUUUAAAACGCUACGAAUCCAUUGGCAAUUAUGGUCUAGCUCCAAAUGGCUCAGCCAACGUCUUGCCAUCCAGUGCAACAGAAUGUUUUCUACGUUUCCUUACCUUGCCCGAUCAGGAAAAUGCAAAUGUUGAUCUGAAACAGGCAGCAGUUGUGAUAAUAUCCCAUUUGGAUCGUUUGGCCAAACCGCACAUGCCUUCAGCACAUUCCAUACAGACCAAUUACAAUGCAAUGAAUAAAUAUUCGGCAGCUUUGGGCAAGACAUCGCUCAUUAAUCAAAGUUCUCAAGAGAGUGGUUCUUGUGGGGCGGGUGCUUCUAUUACCACAAAUAACAACAAUAAUAUUUCCUCAAGUACCCCACAAUUGCAUGAGCAACGCAUAUAUGCCCUGGGAUGGUUGUCGUUAAACCCACACCAGAAUGGUUUUACUGCCGAACCGGCAGUUGGCAUGCCCCUGAAUGGAAAUCAAACAACCUUUAGUCAAUAUUCAGCACCAGUUUUGAAUUUCUAUUUUCAAGUACAACAGGUGGUUAUAUCGGAAGAGUAUGUGCUAUUCCUAACGCAGGAUGGUAAAAUGUAUACAUGGCGUAUUUCGAAACCAGAAACUGAACCAAUGCUAAUUGAGGAAAUGAGCGAGGUUCAUGUUAUUGCUGUGGCAGCCCAUUGUGAGGGUCGACACUACAUGGCUGUGGAUAGUAUGGGAAAUGCCUACUCCUGGGGCAAUGGUGUUGGUGGUCGCCUGGGUCAUGGUGAUACUCUACCCCGAGAACAUCCCACAAAAAUUAAUGCCCUCGAAAGUACUGUAAAAUCGGUGCAUGUUGGUUGUUCCUAUAGUGCGGCUAUCACUUUCAAUGGCACUCUGUUCACCUGGGGACGUGGAACCUAUGGCCGAUUGGGUCAUGGCAAUUCGGAUGAUAAACUUUUGCCAAUGCCUGUUACUGCAUUGGCUGAACACAAAAUAAUUGAUGUGGCCCUGGGUAGCGGUGAUGCCCAUACUUUAGCAGUAACUGCCAGCGGAUUGGUAUAUGCCUGGGGUGAUGGUGACUUUGGUAAAUUGGGUAAUGGUUCCUGUAAUGGAUCACCAAUACCACAAAUAAUUGAUACGCUGCCACGUGUACAACGUGUCUUUGCUGGAGCACAAUUCUCGGUGGCCCUGACAUGCGAUGGCAAGUUAUAUUCCUGGGGUAAGUCCAGUGGUGGACGCCUGGGUCACAGCCAAUUGGAUAAACAAGUACAGUGUCUAAGUACACCGAAAUUAAUAACAGCCCUACAAUCAAAGACCAUAAUUGAUGUGGCCAUAGGUGUCUCGCAUUGUUUGGCCCUGAGUGCCAAUGGUGGUGAGGUGUUCGGCUGGGGUCGCAACGAUUACCAGCAAAUAUGCCCCGCCUCGAUUUGUAAAGAACCUUUGGUAAAACAGCCCAUAUUGGCCACACAUCCUUCGGUGUUCGCCUAUGGCAUAGCAUGUGGGGCGGCGCAAAGCAUCAUUUGGAGUCAAACUUCUAUACAGGGAAUACCGGCACGUAUACCAUUUGUCAUCGAUCUGAGCGAACAGACAUUCCGUCUGCUGGAUCAAUUGCUGGGCAUGGUUUGUGGACAGGACUCGAAUAAUCGCCAGACACCCAAUCAAGAAGCCGAAUGUGUGGCGGUGGCCUGCUUAAAUCUUUUGAGGCUGCAAUUGCAUGCUCUAAUUGCAAAUGGUAUUGUGGCAAAAAGUGUGGGGCUCUCAGAGGGCUCACGUUUAUUGGUCAGUUUAAAAACUCGUAUACUCAGCCUAGCUGGUGGGGCAAAUGUCUUGAAAACAAUGCAAGAAGCUGCCCAAUGGGCUCUGCAAGUUGGCUGGAGCGUACUUUUACCAACUGCCUCAGAAAGAGCACAAACAUUAACGUCACUACUGCCAUCGGAGCCGGGAAUUUCCACAGCAGGCCAUAGAUUUAUGACGGAUUUAUUGGUGGGUUCCCUAAUGGCGGAAGGAGGCUUGGAGACGGCCUUAAAACAAGCCAUACGACUGGAGUGUAAUGACUGCUGUGCCGAUAAUGGACAUAAUCUACCCUUGCUGCAUCUAAUCAAACAAUUGCUACGCAACAACUCUGCAUUGACCCAGGCUAAACUAACCCAGCUAGUACUCAAUAAUGGUUGCCUCAAGACCUCAGAAGAAGACAAUAAUCCCUCAUUGAAUUCGCUACAAUCGUUGGAACAUUCUAGUCCCAGUUUAGAUUUAUUGCACCGCUUCCAACGUCUCCUAUUUUCCCAUAUUCACGAAAGUCCCAAAAAUGAGGAUCUCACCGGUGCCGAACUACUGCUUAGCAAAUAUGUUCAAAGUGCUAUUAGCCUAUGCAUACAUUCCCUGCAGAAAGCCCAUGAGGUGGCCUUGCAAGGCAAGGAUGGUGUUGCCGACAUCCUAAUGACUGACAUCUCCGACACAUUGCUCUAUGAACUUCUAAUUGGCCUUAUUAUUUUGAAACGUGAUCGCCCCACCCUUAUGCCGGCAUUCGAUUGGUCUCAUCAUUUUGUUCCUCUACUGCAUGCCUUAGAUAAUUUAAAUCGUCUCAUAUGUGAUAGUGAUAUACAGGACUCGGAUGAUUUGGGCUGGCCGGGUAUCAUAUGUAGGGGAAAUUUGAAGAACUCCUCAAUGACACAGCAACAACAGGAGGAAAUGGUGCUGAUACGUAAGAAUGAUUUUGAGAAUCAUCUAUUGGAUGGUGGCAAAUGGAUUAUUUUAAAUGGUUAUGUUUGUGACAUCAAUGAUUACCAACAUGAGAAUUCUUGCAUCAAUGAUUACCUUAAUGAGAGCAUUGGAAAGGAUCUUUCGGUGGACUUAAAUAACACCAAUUAUCGUUCGUGUCUGGAGUACAUAUUAAGUCAUUACAAGGUUGGCCGUUAUGCCCCGAAUAUAAGCGAAGAAAAGCCCCAUCUGCAGCAGAGCAAAGUUCUUACCCAUUUCAAUUCCGAGCGGGCGUUGGCCUAUCUUUUGGGAUUGGUUGUUAACACCCUACAAAUUGGUCCUCCACCCCAGCCGGCCGAGUUGCAAUGUAAAACAAUUAUAAAGUCAAGUAUCUUAAGUGGAGGUUUGCAGGUACUACAACCCAGUAAUCCGUUCGAUGAAGAAAAGGGUGAAGCUCGCAGCAGUGCCAGUACUGCUGGCAGUACACCUACCGAACCACCAGCCCAUACAAUGGCAACUAUUGGAGCCACCAUACUAUCACCCAACAAUGUACAACAACGUAUUGAAACGCUUGUCUCCGGACUAUCGGAUGGACGUUUAACCGAUCCCUUGGUCGUCACAUGGAUGACAAUUUCUGAACGUUUUUGCAAGGAAAACAAUUUGAUAUGGCAUCAAGAAUUUCCAGCCGAACAUCCAGUACAAGAAUUGGAACGUUUAUUAACGGCAGUCUUGAUACGCCAUCAAAGUUUGGGUGGUUUAAUAUUGACGACGAUUGAACGAGAUUUGGGUGGUGUUACAACAAAUCCCGCCGGAAAAUUACCAAAGCAAAUUUCAGAAAUUAUUCGUUUAAUAUAUCAAACCAAAUGGUCGGUAGUUCGAAUACGGCAACAAUUGAAUCGCAGCUAUAAAGAGGUAUGUGCUCCCAUGUUGGAACGUUUGCGUUUUCUAUUGUACGAGGUACGGCCAGCGGUAAGUUUGGAACAAGAAGGUCUUCACAAAUUGCCCAUACUCCAUAAAUUACCGCGAUUUAAGCAAAUUGUGCGUAAAAUUAUUGGUGAAAUGCGUGUGGCCAAGAAACAAUUGGUAUGUGCCAAACCCGAGGAUAUACUUAAUGUUACGAUACAGAGUCAGAAUGUUGCCCAAAAACUGAAUCAAUCGCAGGAAUCCCUGUUGGAAGCUUCAAAUAUCGAUCGCAAUCUACCACCAGCUGCAGAGAUAGUUGCAAUGCCACCACCCCCACUUGCCACUGUCCAAAUACCACCAACCCUUACAAAUCAUGCCUCAAAUGAAAAUCUCCUAGAGGCGGGAGAUAACAAUGUUAUUUUAAGUGAACGCAAGGCAUCCCAUGAUGAAAUUAAGCAACAGGCCGCAGCCGAUCUGGAUUACGAAGAUAAGAAACCCGAAGUUGAGACAAGACUUAGCGGCGAACUCAUACGUAGACUAUGUGAAAAAUGGUAUUUCUCUGGAGAUGUGAAUACCACAAUUAUGAAUGAAAUUGUCGAAUUUGUAAUGCAAGAAAUCUGUGAUGUUGAGACGGUACGCAGAGCCAUGUAUUGUCAGGUGCAACGUUAUCAAAUACGUCGACAGGGUUUGGAAAUGUUUCACACUAUCCUGCAAGUCAAUGGUCUAAUGGAUGCUGUGAAAUAUAAUAUGUUGAGCGGUUAUUUGGGUCUACAUUUGAAGGGCAACAAACAAACGACCACAAAUAUAUUGGAUGAUCUCGGCUCGAUAACGGCAUUCCAGAAGGCCAAUUUAAUGUUGGCCCAGGCCAAAAUAUUGGAAUGGUCAGUGUACGAACUCCAGAGACUGGUCAAUCAAGAACAAAUACAUUUAAAGUCGAAAUACAACAACACCGGCAAGGAUAAUUCGAAUUUGGGCACCUAUGUUUUUCUCAAGAAAUUACCCAGGGCUAGAUUUUUGCUAAGUAUAUUUGGUAUUCUGGCCAAGGAUGUAAGUUCCAAUGAGCUGAGUUUGCUUAUCAACUCGGGUACUUUGGGUACCGUUUUGGGUUUGCUAAGUCAAACGGGUGGAGAUAUACCGGCUGUAAAGAAUACCUAUGAACUGUCAACGGUCUAUGAAGAUACCAUACUCAAACAGAAAUCAAAUAAGGCAAAUUUAACCGGACCGGAAUUGGCAAAACUAAUGAAAAUUGGUACGCGCAUUGUGCGAGGUGCCGAUUGGAAAUGGGGCGAUCAAGAUGGCAAUCCGCCGGGAGAGGGUAGAAUUAUCAGUGAAGUGGGAGAGGAUGGUUGGGUACGCGUGGAAUGGUAUACUGGGGCCACCAACUCAUAUCGUAUGGGCAAGGAGGGUCAAUAUGACCUACGUUUAGCCGACAGCGCCUUGAAUAUUGUCUCACCUGAUUCGGAAACGGAAAAAGAAGAAAUAACUUAUGAUUCCUCAUUGAAUGGAGAAUCUCAUCCCACAAAAUUGUUACGCUAUGCCUGCACAAAAUUCCUGCAAAUUGUCUCCGUCGGGAUUGGCCUACAUUCCGAAAAGAUGGAUAAAAAUGCAGUACGUGGCAUAUCUUCAAUGUUUCGCUCAAUCUUAAAUCCUGAUUCAACGCUGGCUAAUAUUUGUGGUCUGGAUAACUGGACAACAUUGGGAUUCUUGAAGGCAAUUGCAGGUGAAUCCAUAUCCUUGUCAAAACACUUAACCUCACCCAUUUGGAUUGAUUUCUACAUCAAUCUAUUGGAACAACCAACCAGCCGAGAACAAGAUGUUUUUCGAAAAAUCCACUGUCUACGCUUGCUGCAAAUUGUUCUACUGCAUUGGAGUGACGAGGGUGAUCUCAAUAAGAUGACCGCAUUGGUUAGACAAAUAUUUUCCACUUUGGGAAAACUGACUCUGUAUUGUCCGAAUGAUUCGUCGCUUUUACAAACUACCACGGAAAAUAAACCCCGAAUAUUGUUAACAUCUUCACAUUCUGGCACGGUGGCUGAGGAAAUUAUAACUUUGUUGAGAAAACUCCAUACCCUACCCGUAUGGAAUACCGCCAUAAAUUCUUUCCUUUCACAAAAACUUUGUGUGGCAGCCGAAUUGUUCGGCGAAGAUGGCUUGGAUUUACAACACCUGGAGAAUGAAUAUAUAUUUGUAAUGGGAGUGCUGACCACAAUUGGUGGUUGUGACAUACGACCCAGGGUGGGAUUGCAAGUUUGCCAUGAGGGUACCACAGCCACAAUUUGUGGUUUCACCACCAAAGGCAAAUGUUUGCUAAGCACCGAUAAUCAAUCCCUGAAUGGAGAAUGCCGCAAGAUAUCACUGAGUGCCGCUUUGGAAAGUGCCGACUACUCGGUAUUUAGCCUCUCUCGGCUGCCAAUGAAUGAAAUGUUACUAAACUCAUGGUCAGUGUUAUUAUAUGGACCGGGAGAACGCAAAGAGUCGGUACCAAAUAUAAUUGAUAUAAGCCUACUGCGUUCGCAGCAAAUUCAAUUGGCUGUAUUGAAUGCCAACUGUGUGCUGUAUCGUCAUCAAACUUCCUUACGUAAAAUACUAAAACAAAGAUCUCCAGGCAUGUGUUCCUAUUCAUCCGAAGAAAGUAUUUCCGAUGAGGAACAAACCACCAAGGGAAUAGGUAACACGGAACAACAGAGUAAACACCAGCAUCACCACGACGGUGGCGAAGAGCAAGAUCAAAUAAACAACACUUCAACACAAUUUAUGCUGGGUUCAAAUGAAACGGAACUUCUAAUUCAAAGUAUUUUAAUUAGGGCCACACAACCCUCACCGGUCAAGGCCUGCUAUACGUACAGUGAAUUGGCUACGGCAGCUUUAAAUUGUUCCCAAGUGUUGGCAUCCCAUGUCCAUUCGGAACUCAACGAUAAUUGUUCCUCAUCAUCGCGUAAUGCCGGCGCUGGCAACAUGCCCUCUUCAAUGCAGGCCACAAUGAUCCAUGGCACACCCAUCUACAAUAUGGGGGUAUUCGAUGAAGCCACCGGCACCAGCUCAACCAGUAUUCCCUCAAACAUUGAAAUCAAAGAUUCCGAUACCACAAUGAACACCUCCAUGUCGUUGAUAUCCCAAAUUAUGGAAAUGGGUUUUAGCAAAAAGUCCGUAGAAUUGGCUGUUAAACAAUUGACCGUCUAUCCGAUGAUGCCCACACCCGAACAAAUAGUCCAAUGGAUAUUGGAACAUCCUGAUAUUUGUAAUAAUACCAUUGAUCCCACAGACUAUAAUGAUCCGGCCGAGUUAAUGGCGCCCACACCAUCUGAGACGGUGGUUGCAACACCCCACCAAAAAUUAUCGCUACAAGAUGCCGAAUGUGAUUCGGAGGACAAUGACAGUGUUGACACAAGUUCCGACACCGUGGAGGGCUCUUCGGUUCAGGAUCAUCAAUUUAAAUAUCAGACUCGUAAAGAUUUCCAAACAGCCGACCAAUAUGCCAUGUAUGUACGCGGCUUGGUGUGUCCGGGCAUGAUUGUGCGCUGUUGUCGCGACUUUGAAGAAAUUAAACAGGGCGAUAUUGGCGCAGUGCUCAAGGUGGACACGGAGGGAUUGCAUGACCUAAAUGUACAGGUAGAUUGGCAGCUGCAUGGUAAUACUUAUUGGGUAUGUUUUGUCCACAUUGAGUUGCUAGAGAAGCCGGUUGAUAAACUCAGUACUUCGUCGGUGGCUAGUUUGGAAAGUGGUGGUGGCGGCGGUGGCAUAACAUCUUCCCAGGUGGUAAUAGGUUCGCAAGUCCGUAUGAGAGCAGCUCCACGCUAUAAAUGGGGAAACAUUAUGCGUGGAAGUGUGGGCACGGUAACGUCGGUCAAUGGGAAAAAUGUUUGCGUUGAUUUCCCUCAACAUCCCGGCUGGAAGGGCUCAAUAAAUGACAUAGAAACGGUGGGUACUUCGGCCCAAGGUUGUACCCUGCUGGGAUUGAAUAGCCAUUCGGUACCCAAUGCCAGUGAUCUCAUUGAAGACUGGUCCCGUUGCAUACGCUCUCUGAGUGUAUCCUCCAAUGAAUCAACCGCCAAACAUUUGCUAGACCGCAGUCCCAAUUGUUGGCAAAGUUCCUCGAGUACCCAGGGAAAACAUUGGAUACGCCUGGAAAUGCAUGAAAAUGUUCUGGUACACAGCCUAUCGAUUACGGUGAGUCCCAGUGAUCAUUCGCAUAUGCCUUCUUUGGUGGUAACACGAGUCGGUGACAGCAUUGGCAACUUGAAGGAAUACUCUUGGAUCUCCAUAAAAAUCACCGACACCACAGUGGCUCUAAUGACCGAUGUACGGCAAUACUACCCCUGGAUUGAGAUAGUCAUUAAACAGUGUCGCAACAAUGGUAUACAAUGCAAGGUUCACGCCCUGAACAUCGUUGGGCGCCGCAAACAAACCGACCUGGAUUUGAUGCUGAUGAAUGCCUCAUUUUUGGCUUGUGAAUAUGACAACCUAUCGGAUUCCAAUCAAAACCUAUCCAUGUCAUCAUAUGCGGAUCCCAAAUCUUCCUCUUCACUGAGUGAUCCACCUUGCACCGUGAUGGUUUGGGGUUUGAAUGAUAAGGAACAAUUGGGUGGCCUUAAGGGAUCCAAAGUGAAGGUGCCCACAUUUUCACAAACCAUUAGUCGUCUGCGACCCAUACACAUUGCGGGCGGCUCGAAAUCGCUUUUUAUUGUGUCCCAAGAUGGUAAGGUGUAUGCCUGUGGUGAGGGUACCAAUGGGCGUUUGGGCUUGGGUACCAGUGCCAAUGUUUCGGUGCCACGUCAAGUUCCAGUUCUGCAUCAAUAUGUGGUGAAGAAAGUUGCCGUGCAUUCUGGAGGUAAACAUGCCCUGGCGCUGACUUUGGAUGGUAAAAUUUUCUCUUGGGGCGAGGGUGAAGAUGGCAAAUUGGGUCAUGGCAAUCGUUUGACCAUGGAUAAGCCAAAAAUGAUUGAAGCACUGCGUUCGAAAAAGAUACGAGACAUUGCCUGUGGCUCCUCGCACAGCGCAGCCAUAACCUCAGCUGGUGAGUUGUAUACCUGGGGAUUGGGUGAAUAUGGCCGCCUGGGACAUGGUGACAAUGCAACCCAAUUGAAACCGAAGCUGGUGGCUGGCCUAAGCGGAAAGCGGGUAAUACAGGUGGCAUGUGGCAGUCGGGAUGCACAGACUUUGGCCCUAACCGAGGAUGGUGCCGUAUACUCGUGGGGUGAUGGUGAUUUUGGCAAAUUGGGUAGAGGUGGUUCGGAGGGCUCAUCUGUACCGCAUGAAAUUGAACGUUUGAGUGGCAUUGGUGUCAUACAAAUCGAGUGUGGCGCCCAAUUUAGUCUUGCCCUAACACGAACUGGAGAAGUUUGGACAUGGGGCAAAGGUGAUUACUAUCGCCUCGGCCAUGGCAGUGAUCAGCAUGUUCGUAAACCUCAACCCAUACAGGGAUUAAGAGGACGCAAAGUUAUUCAUGUUGCCGUUGGCGCCUUACACUGCUUGGCUGUCACGGACACGGGACAGGUCUUUGCCUGGGGCGAUAACGAUCAUGGUCAACAGGGUUCCGGUAAUACGGUGGUGAACAAGAAACCCGCCUUGGUAAUUGGUUUGGACUCGGUAUUUGUAAAUCGUGUUGCAUGCGGCAGUUCACAUUCCAUUGCCUGGGGUCUGCCACAAUCGCCCUCGGAAGAUGAGAAAAAGGGACCGGUGCCAUUUGCAACGACCAAAGAUCCAUUGGGCGGCACUAGUUUGGGUAUAUAUGAUGCCGAGCCAACGGUUUGUGUGGCGCCCUCUACAAGCAGUGGCAAUAGUAAAACGCCCAGCAAAGCCAGCCUAAGUGAAACGCUGUUGUCUUUGGAAACGAACGGAGCCCGACAAACGGCACUGAAUUAUGUGUUGAAUGCCAUGAGUAUUUUGCAGGCACGUCAACUGAUUGUUGCCGCCCUGACUAGUCAUAGCAAAGUGAAUUUAAAUGAAAGACUGAGCAGUGAUAUUGAUACGGAAACCAGUGCCGGGGGUGGUGGAGGAAUGAUGGGCACUGGUGGUGGUGGUGGUAUGAGAGAUACUCUGAGCCAUCAAAGUAGCCAACAACAAAUUGUCAACAAUACCAAUGAAGUUAUAGCUCAAGGUGGCGGAGAAGCCCUGGCCGAUGCUUCCGAUCCAGCUGUUCACGAACCAUCGCCAGAAGCUGAAAUACCCAGCAGUGUUAUGCCAACAUCCUCUAUGACAGAGAGAGGGGCAGAACGUAUACGUUCAGAUCUGAGUGCUUUCCAUAGCCUAACCGGUUCGAUGUCAUUGUCGGCAUCAUUGUCGAGUACUGCACCACACAAACAUUCGAAAAUGUCGGCCUCUGCAAUGUCUGUUAUGGCGGCCACCAUGAAUAACCAGGAGGAGAUGAUAAAUGAAACAUCCUUGACAGGCUUGGAUGAUUUCACAUCGUUGUUGGGCGAAUCGGAGGCCAAGAGUCUGGUGGAGUUACUGAAGUUAAGUGUUGCUGGGCGCACUGGUCCCUCGAGUACUGCCCAAACAAUUGCCGAGACCUUGAUUGCAUUGGGCUCCAACAGUCCCACAAUUGGGGCUAUGCUUCUGGAGACUUGCAUAACUGAAUUGGAAGAUCUUUGUACAUCACGCUACAGCCUGGGCAAAGUACCUAAGCCUGUAAUGCAGGAGAGCAGCCACCCUUAUGUUGACAACGUUACGACCACUGGUCAUGUCAAGAUACCCGGAGCUGAGGCUUUACGUUUGGAGUUCGAUUCGAAUUGUUCAACAGAAAAACGCAAUGACCCUUUGGUCAUUAUGGAUGGUUCGGGUCGUGUUAUUGCAAUGCGUUCCGGUCGGGAGUUUGCCCAGUGGGCGUCGGAAAUACGUAUUCCCGGUGAUGAAAUGAAAUGGAAAUUCACUUCAGACAGUUCGGUAAAUGGUUGGGGUUGGCGUUUUUGGGUCCAUGCCAUAAUGCCGGCCACCACAAUGAAUGAAAGGGGUUCAGAUCGUGCGGUCUUGUCUCAGCCAUCGAUGCCUUUGGUGAUGGCUUUACUAGAUGAACGUUUGGGUCCCAACAACACCAGUGUCCUGUUGCGUUUAGCAGCUGCCUUGGCGGCUUGUGCUCAAUUAAAUUCGCUGACAACAACACAACGUAUUUGGUCUCUGAAGCGGUUACAUGCAGUGCUGCUAACGAAGCAUGCUCCCAAGCCGCUGGACGCUUCCUUAAAUCCAAUUCUCAUGCCCCUGAUACCAGAACUAUUGCGUCAAUAUGAAUAUGAAGAGCCACAGGUAAGGGGUGGCAUUCAUCUGAUGCAUUCCGACUAUUUCAAGACAUUGGCCGCCCUUGCCUGUGAUAUGCAAUUGGAUGCCGUUUUACCACCGGCCGAUGUACACAAAUGGGCGUGGUUUAAACGCUACUGCAUUGCUGUACGCGUCGCCCAAUCCCUGAUAAAACGUAGCGAGUUGCCCAAGUCAUUUUGCAUGGAAGUGAGAAAGAAAUUUGCCGAAAUGAUGCCACAACCCAAUCAGCAGGCUCAUUCGCAUACACCGCAACCGGGCGGAGGAUCGUCUUCCAUGAUGAACUCAACAACAUCUUUGGGAUCUUCGACGAGCACGGCCACAAAUCCCUCACCACAACCCUGCCUCACGGCCAUGGUAAAUACGUUAACGCCUAGCACCAGUAGCUUGAUACAGUAUAUAGAUACCGUUAUGACAUUGUCAUUGCAGGAGUCUGGAGGAGCUUGUGGAGGUGGUGCAGCAUCUGCUGGUCCCAUGACGCCAUGUUCAACUGCGGGGGAGAGCCUACAGUUUAUGCACGAAGAUCAUAGUUUGUUUAAGACCGAACAUGACAGUCAAUUGCUGCAAUGGCUAAACAGACGUCCCGAUGAUUGGGCCUUAUCGUGGGGUGGUGCCAGCACCAUUUACGGCUGGGGCCACAAUCAUCGUGGUCAAUUGGGUGGCCUCGAAGGCAGUCGCAUUAAGACACCAACGCCAUGUGAAGCUUUAAGUUUGCUGCGCCCAGUGCAAUUGGCUGGAGGAGAACAAACCUUAUUUGCAGUUACACCGGAUGGAAAACUCUUUGCUACAGGUUAUGGUUGCGGUGGAAGGCUUGGUGUGGGUGGUACAGACUCUUGGGCAGUGCCCACACUGGUGGCAUCGCUGCAACAUGUUUUUGUGAAAAAAGUGGCGGUAAAUUCGGGCGGCAAACAUUGUCUGGCCCUUACAACUGACGGUGAAGUCUACUCGUGGGGCGAGGGUGAAGAUGGUAAAUUGGGUCAUGGCAAUCGCAUGGGUUAUGAUCGUCCCAAACUGAUUGAGGAUCUCACCGGUAUUGGUAUUGUGGAUAUUGCUUGCGGCAGUGCCCAUUCGGCGGCCAUUACAGCAUCAGGCCAUGUUUUGACCUGGGGCAAAGGACGUUAUGGUCGUUUGGGACAUGGUGAUUCCGAGGAUCAGCUGAGACCAAAGUUGGUAGAAGCCCUGCUAGGCUAUAGGGCCAUAGAUAUUGCCUGCGGCUCGGGCGAUGCCCAGACGUUGUGUAUUACCGACGAUGACAAUGUUUGGAGCUGGGGCGAUGGAGAUUAUGGCAAAUUGGGACGUGGUGGCUCGGAUGGCUGUAAAGUUCCUGUCAAAAUUGAAAGUCUUUCGGGUUUGGGUGUCAUAAAAGUAGAAUGUGGCUCACAAUUUUCAGUGGCCCUUACAAAAUCGGGUGCUGUUUAUACCUGGGGUAAGGGAGAUUUUCAUCGUUUGGGUCAUGGAACGGUGGAUCAUGUGCGCCGACCCAAAAAGGUGGCCGCUCUACAGGGAAAGAAAGUUGUGUCCAUUGCCACGGGAUCUUUGCAUUGUGUGGCCUGCACAGACAAUGGCGAGGUGUAUACAUGGGGUGACAACGAUGAAGGUCAACUGGGAGAUGGUACGGUUAGUGCCAUACAGAGACCGCGGUUGGUACAUGCUUUGGUGGGCAAACAUAUUGUCAAAGUUACCUGUGGUUCGGCACACACAUUGGCUCUUUCGACAUCGCAGUUAUCGGAAAGAGUAAGACCGCCACCUAAUCCCCCGCUGGAAUAUGAUUUGGUUAGAGAUUUGCCACCCGAAGCUUUACAUGCACGUCUCGUGUUGCUGCAUCAUUUUUCAGAGCUGCUGUGUCCAUGUUUGGCCAUGUUGCCCAUAACAGGUGAACUAAGCCUGGGAGCUUUAAAAGAUGUUUUGGUGUACACCAUAAAAGAGGCGGCCUUCCGCAAAGUCAUACAGACCACCAUGGUAAGAGAUAAGCAACAUGGACCGGUGAUAGAGCUAAAUCGCAUACAGGUGAAACGAUCCCGCAAUAAAUCGGCGAAUGGUUUGGCCGGUGUGGAUGGCAUGAAAAGUGUUUUUGGUCAAAUGGUACAAAAAUUACCUCUGCUGACGCAGGAGGCAUUGUCAUUGCCGCAUCGUGUUUGGAAAGUGAAAUUUGUGGGCGAAUCGGUAGAUGAUUGUGGCGGUGGUUAUAGUGAAUCGAUUGCUGAAAUGUGUGAUGAAUUGCAAAAUGGCAGCGUACCGCUUUUGAUAGGCACCCCAAAUGGCCGUGGUGAGGCUGGGGCAAAUCGCGAUUGCUUUUUGUUAGAUCCCACACUCACAUCGGUGCUGCAAAUGAAUAUGUUCCGAUUUUUGGGUGUUCUUAUGGGUAUUGCUGUGAGAACGGGUUCGCCGCUUAGUUUGAACCUUGCUGAACCAGUUUGGCGCCAAUUGGCCGGUGAACAAUUACGACCAUCAGAUCUAACCGAGGUGGAUCGUGAUUAUGUAGCCGGCCUAUUGUGCAUACGCAACAUGGACGAUGAUCCCAAGGUGUUUAGUACCCUAGAACUGCCCUUUUCCACGUCAUCGGCCAAGGGACACGAAGUGCCACUGUCCACACGCUAUACACGCAUUACACCACAAAAUCGCCAUGAAUAUGUACGGUUGGCUUUGAAUUUCCGCUUGCACGAAUUCGAUGAACAAGUUAAGGCCGUACGUGAUGGCAUGUCCAAAGUAAUUCCCGUCCCUCUACUCUCAUUGUUUUCGGCAGCUGAACUUCAAGCCAUGGUUUGUGGAUCGCCCGAUAUCCCAUUGGGUCUGUUGAAAUCGGUGGCCACAUACAAAGGAUUUGAUCCCAAUUCGGAUUUGGUACAAUGGUUCUGGGAAGUCAUGGAGGAAUUUUCAAAUCAGGAACGUUCGCUAUUCUUACGUUUUGUGUGGGGUCGUACACGUUUGCCGCGAACCAUUGCCGAUUUUCGAGGACGUGACUUUGUUCUACAAGUUUUGGAGAAAAAUCCGCCCGAUCACUUUCUGCCCGAAUCAUAUACCUGCUUCUUUUUAUUGAAAAUGCCUCGGUAUUCGUGCAAAGCCGUUCUAAUGGAAAAACUCAAAUAUGCCAUACAUUUUUGCAAAAGUAUUGAUACCGAUGAAUAUGCCCGUGUUGCUAUGGGCGAUCCCACCGAAGCAACCGGCAGCGAAGAUAAUAGUGAUUUAGAAUCUGUAGCAAGUCAUGAUGCCUAAAAUGAGCUCAACAUUUUCGUCGUCGAAGCAGAGGAAGUACAAGACAAUGCCAUCUAAGUGCAAGGAAUUCACAAAGACAGCUUAAUUCGUACAUCAAACAUGGACAAUUUUUGAAAUUAAGAGCAACAACAAACCAAAUGCAACAAUUAGUUGUUUAUUAACAAAACAAAAAAAUACUAAAAAUUUGGUCGUUUAUAUGACACCCACACACAAAAAAACAAUUGUACAAGCAAAAAUUACUAUAUAAAUUGCACCGCUUAGAAGUUGCAAUAACAAACUGAUGAAUACAAAAUACAAAACAACAACAAAAAUUAUAGGAAACUUCACAAAUUCCCGUAUAUUCUCGAUUAAUCACGAAAAAACACACCAACACACCCACACAUACAAAACAGCAAUGUUUGAAAACCAAAAUUGAAUUUAAAAAGAAAAAAAGUUAAAAAUAAUAUUUGAAGUUUUUUGCUCUUAGCGGUUACACUCAUCCCUUCGUCCAUGCUAAAAACUUGUGGAAUUUAUCUUUGAUUAUUACUUUCAAAUCACCCAAACAAAAUGGAAAAUAACUGAAUUCUAUUCUACAUUGGAAAUAAUGCUUUACCUUAAGACUGACAUCAUCAUAUUGCAUACAUGCGUACAUAUAUACAUAUAUUUAUUUAAAAGCAAUUUACUUUGUAUCCUUUAUUCCUAUCUAUUAUCCAUAUAAGUAAUCCUGCAUUUUCUCUUAUAUAUACUAAAAAAUAAUUAAUCUUAAAUCAAUUACAAUUAUAUUGUUAAAUUUCAUAGAUA